UAACGGAGAUUUUUUUUCGGGGGCAAUGAGUAGACUUUCGGGGUUCGCUUUCCGGACCGCGCUGUUGCUGUUUGUAAUUAGUGUCGAUUUUUCCGUCGGGACCGAUAACGAUUACGAGCAGAAUGUUUCAAAAUUGAUAGCGGAAUUUAUCACCGGCUAUAAACGGUUGAAAUUUGGCAUAAUUUUCACGUGUGCCGAGCUAAGCCCGGAAAAUGGCAUCGGAUCCGACGAUCCGGCGGGCUCGUUGUUGGGGGCCAUGUUUUAUGACAUUACCAAACGGCUGUCCGCGGCCAGUGUUUCGUUCAGAGCGAUUAACAUUGACGAUUAUGAUAAUAUCGAUGAUGGCGGUGACGAUCCGGCUGGUGAUUAUCGACUGCGAACCGAUUUUAAAUACGCCCGGCUGAUGAGAGAAUUGAUUAGCCAUCGGCAGUUUGUAUUGUUGGCUUUGGAAUGUGCAAAUUCCGAUGUGGUUCUGGAGCAGGCAUCGCGAUACGAGCUUUUUAACGCAUCGUUCCACUGGCUGAUAAUUGAUAAAAAAUCGGCCGCCCACCGACGACGUGGAUUGGACGCCGCAACUUUGGAAGAGGACGACGACGAUGGCGUUGACUCGAGUGAGUCCUUCUCGGUGGUCAACAAAAACAACAGCAAUCGAACAACGGCUCCUGGCGGCCUGUCGAAGGGCGAUGGCCGAAUGCAUCGAUUACGGGCACCGAAACAUGGCACCGGCGAUUGUCUUGUGAAGUUUAUGGACUCUCAGGCUGCCGGAAAUGACCAUCGGCAGCAACAGCUGCAACAGGAACAGGAACAGCAACAGCAAAACAAUUGCCUGUUGGCGUCAAUGGCCGCAAUGUCCAAAAUCGGUGGUCCAGUUUUCGGUCAUAAUCCUGACGGUACUGUUGCCCCUGAUGAUGAUGAUGAUGAUGGUGAAGAUGAUAAGAACGCACCCCGAGCGGAAAGUGAUGGACGUUCCUGUAACGCUGCCCUUCCCAGCCUGGACCCAGCAGAAGAUAGCGUCCGCCACCCGGUCAACUCGGUGCCUCUGUUCCGUAGCGUGGCUGAUGAUGGCUCGGCAUCCGAUAGGACGUUCGGUCGAUUCGAAACAAUGAACAUCAGUAUCAAUGCGGAAAUAACUUUAGCGAUGCCGACGAGCGCAUCCUAUCGGACGUUUGCACUCUUUGAUAUUUGGAACCCGGGUUUUCUCAACGGAGGCUGCUUGAACGUAACCUGGCUGGGCCGAUUUGUCGUCCAGGACGAGAAUGACACCGUCGGCCUGCUCAAGGUACCGUUUCACGAGACCACCGUCAUCCGACGCCGGGACAUGAAAGGACUCAAGCUGAAGAUAAUGACCGUGGUCACGCAAAAACCGCACCAACCCUUUGAUGUGUACCUGUCGACGCCGAAAAAUACCCACCUGGAUUCGGUGCACCGGUACAACUUUGGCCUCAUGAGCUACCUUCGGGAUUACUUCAACUUCCGCUUCAUUACCAGACGGACAAAGAGCUGGGGCUAUCUGCGGAAUGGAACCUUCGAUGGGAUGAUAGGUGCCCUGGCCCGACGGGAAGUCGAUAUCGGGGGGUCACCAUGUUUCUUCCGGCAGGAACGGCACCGGGUGAUCAGCUACACGACUCGGUCCUUCAUCGAGCGUCCGUGUUUCAUCUUCCGGCACCCGAAGCGUCAGAACUCGAUGAGGAAUCCUUUCCUGCUGCCGUUCGAAACGAUAAUCUGGUAUUUGAUGGUGAUUUGCGGUGCUCUGCUGGCGGUGGUCCUUUUUUGCAGCCUCUGCAUCGAAGAUUCAGGCUUUGUGCAACGUGCCCGGAGAUUCAGUUCGAUAGGACACGCUAACAACGGCUUCGAUCCGGAAUCUGGGAAGGAAAAUUUCGAUUUCGUGUCAUCGAAGCAAAGUUAUUACCGAGAUAGUUUUCCUUGCAAUAGCAACAAUAACAAAAACAUCAACGAAAAGCUCGCGCAGAUCGUCAACGGCGAUACAAAGAAAAAUGCGCCUUAUAAUGAUGAAAAUAAAAAUAACAACAACAACAACAAAAAUACCGGGAUGCACGAUUACGAUCCACAGUGUCAUUUGCGAUACCGAAGGAUGAAGGGAGCAACGAAUGGUGCAAAUAAUGGAAGGUGGCGGCAAGGAGGAAGGACAUUGUUGUCAGCCCAGAGGCAACUUUCGGAUCAACAUCGAAUGACAAAGGAAGGCUGCUAUCAACACAAUCAAAAGACGGCUUUGGUGCCGAGAAAUGCAGCAACAGCAGCAGCAGUCGGAAAAAUUGGUUCAAACUCGGAUAAAAAUCACUCUCAACUAUUGCUGGCGCAAAUGGACAAGUUCGCCAAAGUCGGACGGCUGAAGUUGGCGGAUGAAAAUGAAAAUGGUGGAGACGAAACUGCUGUCGGCAGUAAUGAUGCUGCAAAACAGGAAUCGGCAGCCCGCGCAAGUGGUUUUUCACCGAAUGACGGCAACGGCAACAGCAAUUAUAAAGCGGAAAAAUUAUCGAAAAGUGCUUUGCUCUUCCUCGGAAGCGUCUGUCAACAAGGAUUGUCGGAGAUCCCAAACCUUCUGUCGGGCAAAUGUACAUCGUUCUUCAUCCUGCUGUUUGGCUAUCUGAUGUUCCAGUACUAUUCGGCCAGUAUCGUCGGCUCACUUUUGAUGGCUCCACCCAAGAACAUAAAAACGCUCCGAAAUUUGAUUGAUAGUCGGCUGGUCCUUGAAAUCGAGGAUAUUCCGUACAACCGGGAUUAUUUUGUGCGCACAACCGAUUCGGACUCGCUGGAGCUGUACCGGACCCGGAUUGCCUUCUUCAACGAGAAAACCCGCCAAAACGAGUCACACUUUUCGAACGCUGCCGAGGGACUAAGGCUGGUCAAAUCGGGAGGCUAUGCGUUCCACGUGGCCAUUUCGGCGGCCUACAAAAUCAUCCGGGAAACGUUCAGCGAGCAGGACGUUUGCGAGCUGACCGAAAUCGAUAUGUUCCCCAUCUACGCCCAGUGGAUGGUGGCAAUUGUGCAGAAAAAUUCCCCUUACCGGGACGUGAUCACAUAUGGAUUACGACGGCUGAAUGAAGCCGGCAUAAUGGACCACCAGCGAAAGGUUUGGCAGGAGCCGAAACCGAAAUGUGUCCGGGAGAUGGCGCCCACGGAUCUGAUCGUUGGCAUGGACGGUGUUUAUUCGGCGUUUAUCUUGCUCUUUGCCGGAUCGCUUCUGUCCGGUGGCUUACUGCUGAUUGAGAUACUGCACCGGCAACUAUUGGCUACUACUGGCAACUUUCACGGGCCAGAUCAUCGUCGGAAUCGCCUGAAUGGAGGAGGGUCUCUGGGAUGUGGCUGUUUGAUGCGGCACCGCAGCAACUCGGAUCCGGGCGUGGUUUAUCCGUAUGUUGAUUGAAUUGAGUUGGCUCGAUGCGGUGCUUUUUGUGGUUUGUAUGGU